UAAUAUAUUACGAAAGAAGAGAAUAUUACAAUAACUAAACAUAUAAAAAGUAAAUGGUCUGAUGUAUAGGAGAACUGUCUCUGUCUUUUUUAGUGAACCUAAACUAACAAACACUCACCUACUCUACCAUCAGACUCCAAAACUCUCUUAACAUAUCUCCAUAUUUCAGCUUAUAAAUUACUCUCAAUUUUCUUAUUACGUUUCUCCACAACACCUCUCUCUCUCUCUCUCCCUCUCAAUAUGGAACACAAUUGGUUUCGUGUGUCUCUUGUUUCCAACACUACAAUACCCAUUUAUUUAAUUAUUGUCACAAUAAUAAUCUCAGAAAAAAAUUGGUAUUGCAAUGCGAAAGCUGAGUGGAAGCAGCAAGAUUAUUUGAUGAGCUAUAACAAUAACAGUGAUAGAAAUAGUAAUAUAAAUUUAGAAAAGGGGAAAAGGUGUGAUUUAUUUGAAGGGAAUUGGGUUUACGACAAUUCUUAUCCACUUUAUGACACAUCAGCUUGCCCAUUCGUAGAGAAAGAGUUUCACUGCCAGAAGAAUGGACGCCCAGAUAAAGCUUAUCUCAAAUAUCGAUGGAAGCCUACUUCUUGUCAAUUGCCAAGAUUCAAUGGAAUAGAGUUCUUGAAGAAAUUAAAGGGAAAGAAGAUAUUAUUCGUUGGGGACUCUCUUAGUCUCAAUCAAUGGCAAUCACUAACAUGUAUGCUGCAUUCUUCAGUGCCACAUUCUAAUUUUACAUUAACAAGAAAAGGUGGAUUCUCUAAGUUUUAUUUCCCAGAGUAUAGAGUGUCGGUGAUGAUAUAUCGUAGUGCUUAUCUAGUGGAUGUCAUUAAAGAAAGGAUAGGCAGAGUUUUAAAGCUUGAUUCCAUCAAAAACGGCAUCGUUUGGAGAGGAUACGACAUGCUUAUUUUCAAUACCUGGCACUGGUGGCUCCACAAAGGAAGCAAACAACCAUGGGAUUAUGUUGAGAUAGGAGGAACUAUAAGGAAAGAUAUGAAUCGGUUGGUAGCUUUCAAAGAGGGUUUGACAACUUGGUCCAAGUGGAUAGACUCUAAUAUUGAUCCUAAAAAGACCACAGUUUUCUUUCAAGGCAUUUCCCCAACUCAUUACAGUGGAGAAGAGUGGAAUGGUGCAAAUUCAACGACAUGCAAAGGGGAAACUAGGCCGGUAAUAAUAGGACGUUCAACAUACGGUAGAGGUUGGCGGCCGCCCGCAGCGGCGGCGGUAGUAGAGCAAGUGUUGGCUAAAAUGUCAACACCUGUGAAGCUUCUUGACAUAACCAGAAUGUCACAACUGAGGAAAGAUGGGCAUCCUUCUGUGUAUGGCUUUGACGGAACAAAGGGAAACGAUUGUAGUCAUUGGUGCCUUCCUGGUGUUCCUGACUCUUGGAACGAACUCUUCUAUGCUAUUCUUUUUUCCGAUUGAAUUUUUUACAUAAUUAUACAUCGAUGAUCGAUCCAAUUUAUAGUUAUAUAUUAUUAAUAUACAUCACCACACAUCUUAUUCAUAUUUAUUGUUUUUGCAACACCUUAUAUUAAUAAGAAUUAAUUGUAUUAUGACAAGAAUUUUGUACUCUUUAUUGACUUUUGGAGAAAAAAAGCAUAUUUAAUUUAAAUGAAAAUUUACAAGAAGCAAAUAAAAUCGAUUUUUU